GGGGCACCCUGGGUAAUCGAGGAAACUCAAUGCGAUCCCUGUCCGGCUAAGAGACCUAGCCGGCUAAUCUCCCGAACAACGCAGUUGUGGUGGUUCGCGUCCGUUUCGGUGUUCGUGUCUGUUUGCCUUUUUUGCACUGCCCACAUUUUCUAAUACGCCGUCAGUGACAGAAGUCGAAGCAGGGCUGCAACGCGCGCGUUUUAAGCGCGCCGGGCGUUUCGGCCACUGUCGCCUUUUCCCAGGAUGCUAGCGCUCAGGCGAGCCAGCUUAGCUAGCCCGACCCGCUAAAGCGGCCACACAAGCAGCGCUCGGCCGGAUGCUUUGAGCAGCAACGCCGCGGACUUCGGGGAGCUUUUCUUUCCUUCUCGGCCCCUUUGCCGCGAUGUCAGGCAGCCGGCCGCAGCAGAGCGCCGGCGGGGCCGGUUCGGUGCCCAGCACGAGCAGCAGCGGCGGCGGCGGUGGGAACUCGAACGGCGGCGGCGGCGGCAACGCCGUCACGAGCAAUGGCAACAACUCUGGAAACGUCGUGCCCACCCGGACGCUCGCAGCAGCGGCGGCGGCGGCCGGCGAGGGCGCCCUGGCGGUGCCAAAUCUGGCCGCCGUGCCGUCGCCCCGCGGCGGGUUCGCCUCUCUGAGCAGACCCUCCGUGUCCUCCGGCGGCAGAAAGAGAUCCCUCCACCAAGCACCUUUAUACAACGGCCUCUUGAAUUCCUACGAAGACAAAAGCAACGACUUUGUCUGUCCCAUUUGCUUCGAAAUGAUCGAGGAGGCGCACAUGACGAAGUGCGGCCACAGUUUCUGUUUCAAGUGCAUCCGCCAGAGCCUGGAGGACAGCAACAGAUGUCCCAAGUGUAACUAUAUCGUGGAUAAUGUAGAUCAGCUUUAUCCAAACUUUCUUGUAAACGAGCUGAUCCUUAAACAGAAACAAAGGUCGGAGGAGAAGAGACUAAAAUUAGAUCAUCCUAACGGGUCCAGGUGGCAGGUCUUCCAGGAUGUUUUGAGUCCAGACCAAGAGAACUUGGACCUGGCCAAUGUCAAUCUGAUGCUGGAGCUCCUGGUUCAGAAGAAGAAGCAGCUGGAGGCGGAAUCUCAAGCGGCUCAGAGACAGAUCCUCAUGGAGUUCCUCAAAGAAGCCAGAAGAAACAAGAGAGAGCAACUGGAGCAGCUACAGAAAGAGCUCAACUUCCUUGAGGAGGACAUCAAGCGUGUUGAGGAAAUGAGCGGGCUGUACUCCCCAGUGAUGGAGGCAGAGUGCACAGUGCCCAAUGUGGAGGCUCCCUCACCCUCACCCUCACCCAGCUGCAGCAGUAUUAUUGAGCCACCAGACUACAGCCAGCCUCCAGGAUUUGGUGGAACAACCCAGGGGAAACGACAGACCUGGUACAACAGCACCCUGGCGUCGAGGAGAAAGAGGCUGACGGCCCACUUCGAGGAUCUAGAACAGUGCUACUUCUCCAACAAGAUGUCUCGCAUCACAGACGAGGGCAGAAACCUGAACCAGCUGGAUGAUUUCAUGGAGUGUUUGUCCAAGUUCACUCGCUACAACUCGGUGCGGCCGCUGGCCACCCUCUCCUACGCCAGCGACCUGUACAACGGCUCCAGUAUCGUCUCCAGUAUUGAGUUUGACCGUGACUGUGACUACUUUGCCAUUGCCGGCGUGACAAAGAAGAUCAAGGUGUUUGAGUAUGGCACCGUGAUCCAGGACGCAGUAGACAUCCACUACCCCGUCAACGAAAUGACCUGCAACUCCAAAAUCAGCUGUAUCAGCUGGAGCAGCUAUCACAAAAACCUUCUGGCCAGCAGUGACUACGAGGGCACUGUCAUCUUGUGGGACGGAUUCACCGGCCAGAGGUCCAAAGUCUAUCAGGAACAUGAAAAGAGGUGUUGGAGCGUUGACUUCAAUCUGAUGGACCCCAAGCUCUUGGCGUCCGGUUCUGACGAUGCUAAAGUGAAGUUAUGGUCAACCAAUCUCGACAACUCGGUGGCCAGCAUCGAGGCCAAGGCCAAUGUCUGCUGUGUUAAAUUCAGUCCAACCUCAAGGUAUCACCUGGCCUUUGGUUGCGCAGACCACUGUGUCCAUUACUACGACCUGCGCAACACCAAGCAGCCAAUCAUGGUGUUCAAAGGUCACAGGAAGGCCGUGUCCUACGCCAAGUUUGUCAACGGAGACGAAAUUGUUUCCGCCUCAACAGACAGCCAGCUGAAGCUGUGGAACGUCAACAAAACCCACUGUCUGCGCUCCUUCAAGGGUCACAUCAACGAGAAGAACUUUGUGGGCCUCGCUUCCAACGGAGACUACGUCGCCUGUGGCAGCGAGAACAACUCCCUGUACCUUUACUACAAAGGACUUUCCAAGACACUGUUGACAUUCAAGUUUGACACGGUGAAGAGUGUCCUGGACAAAGACAAGAAGGAAGACGACACAAAUGAGUUUGUCAGUGCCGUCUGCUGGAGGGCCCUGCCGGAUGGAGAGUCAAAUGUGCUGAUCGCUGCAAACAGUCAAGGGACAAUCAAGGUACUUGAGCUUGUGUGAACGCCCACCAUGUCUUCAGCGGGCGAUAGAACCAUCAGCCUCUGUCCGUCUCGGAGAGGAUCAGUCGGAUGCAGGGACAAGUGGAGCAGCCUGCUGAAUUAGGAAACCCCUACAUUAACCUGCAGAGCUGAAACAAACUGGAUCCGUCUUAUUUUUAAUGAGCUCCACCUUGUUUCGUACGGCGGUAAAAGACUUUGGACGCGUACAAUCGGUAUAGCGGGAGCGGAUGUGCGAUCGUUUUACAGCAGCAAGACGAGGACCUAGCUGGGGGCACAGAACGGAACAAGGAGACUUACAUACAAACAUAUUUGUUUAUCAGCUACAAUAGAAACAACUCUUUAUGGUUUUAGGUCAUAUCAGAACUUGUACCUUUUUAAUUAAGCUGUCGCUCUUUGAGGGUACAUCCAGCCAAACGACACCAGUGUGAUGCAUUUCCCCCUUUUAAAAGGCCAAAGCACAAGACAAAAUGACACGCAAAGAUUAUGUUUUCACGUGAAGCUUUUAAACCCCUAACCCUCCACAUUGUGUGUCAACCUACAGCCCCCGCCCCAUUCCCCCUUUGUGUACUUUUGUGUUUUUCAGAUUGGGAGAAAGCAGUUUUAAUAAAUAUGACUUGAAUUUCAUUCUGUCAAAACGUAUCAUCACUUCGUUUUCCGGCUCGAGAGUUUAGGAUGUGAGGUGGCGAAGUCGAGGAAGACCAGCGAAUUAUGGACAGGAGAAAACUGCUGAUUCGUUCUUAUCACGAUCGGGAAAAAAGGAGAUUUCACCUUUGUCUGUAAUCACAGUGAUUCUCAUGUAACUGCAGGUCCACAAUGCAUUAUCGAACUGGAUUUUGUUUUGUUUUUGUUCCAGGUAUGCGAGCUGUUUGUUGCUUAUUGAAAACCUCACAAUCCUAUUUUGUAAGGUAGCAACGGAGAUUGUCUUCACAUUUGCAAUUUGAAACAUCUGAACUGAGCUCCAUCGCGACGUCGGGCAAACCGCUGUCAGUUUCUGUUAAGAGUGGUGAUCCAUUUUGACAUGGAGGGGAUUUGGUAAACACCGCCAAGACCCACCUGUUUUAUGAUAACUGAGUGAGAGAGGUGUUUUGUAUUUGUAUAACUGAAUAAAUUAUUUCGUAACAAAAAA